ACUGAAGCAGACUGCAGACAACGUCUAUUAAACGAUUUCUGCCGACUAAAGUAAACACAUAACAAUCAUUUAAAUUUCAUUUAAAGCUUUAACAUUAAAAAUAAAUAGCGGAAAAUGGUCAAGAAAAUUCUAAUGGUUUGCUUAGGUAAUAUUUGCCGGUCACCUAUUGCCGAGGCGGUUAUGAUUGACACAAUCGAAAAAGCCGGUGCAUCCGGCCAAUGGAAAGUGGAUUCAGCGGCAAUCGGCGAUUGGCACCGUGGCAAUCCGCCCGAUCAUCGAGCGCUGAGCACAAUGGAGAAACAUAAUUUACCUUAUACUAAUCGAGCACGUCAAAUAAAGAAUCAAGAUUUCCUUGAAUUCGAUUACAUAUUCGGCAUGGAUGAGGAGAAUAUGGGUGACUUGCGGUCUUUAGCACCAUCCGAUGCAAAGGCCAAAUUGCUAAUGCUGGGGAAUUUCGGACUGGAUAAGAGCGAUCGCAUCAUCGUGGACCCGUACUAUCAACGUGGUGAUGCUGGCUUCGAGAAAGCUUACCAACAGUGUGUGAAAGCCUGUGCAGCCUUCUUCGAAGAUGCUGUGGCGGGUAAGGUUUAAGAAAGAAUAAAAGCUUCUAGUCUCACCGAAUUUUAAAGUUACCGUGAAAUUAAUUGUGAAAUUAUCACAAUCAGCUGAUACUAGUAAUAUAUGUAUGUGCAUAUGUACAUAGCAAAUGAAUGCAUGAGUACAAGUAAAAUAAAUGUUUAUGUUUUCUAAAAACAAAAAAUAAUCAAAAA